UUUGAAUAUUCAAAUAUGAAUAUUAAUUAUAACUAUUGAUGUCGUUUGCAAAAUUUUUAUAUCAUUGGCGUUUUACAUGAGUCUUGAAACAUUCUGGGCAAAGCAACGUACAAUAGAAAACUUUUAGUGGAUUAAAAUGAUGGAUCAAGAAGUUUUACCGACCUAUGACGUCGACUUAGAAGAAGGCGAGGUUUCAGAUAGCACAGAUGAAGUUUAUACGCCAUUACCUCGGCCGUCUUCAUUGGGUACGAAAGCCUCCGGUACUCCAACACCCACGAGUGCUAAUUCCGUGACUCGAUCUUCGCAAAUGGAUGAUGACGGCGACAAUCACGAACAACGUAAUGAUUCAGAUGUGGAUAGCAACACUGAUGCCUCGUCUUCUUCUGAUGAGUCUUCAGAUACCUGUUUGAAAAAACUUAACUUAAAAUCUGACGAAAAGAAUAAAACACGUCGUCAUUGCAAACGCAUCAAACGAACAGUCAUGGUGCGAAUUGAGCCGAACAGCGAUAACAGUGAUCAAAUGAAAGCACGUUUUAAAAAAUAUGAUAUUUGGACGGCUGCAUUACAAGAAGAAGCUUUAACUGAAACUAUGCGUAGCUGCGAUGUUACUCAGCAGAAUGGAUUUAGUGAUCGGAAUGUAGAAAAUUACGAUUUUUCUCUACGCUAUCGCUUAAAUGGUGAAAACAGUUUGAAAAGACGCCUUUCGAACUCUACAGACGAUCUUUCUGAGGGUGAAAAUCAACCGCACUUGAAAAGGUUGAAACGAUCAACUCGUGGCACUUUAUUUCAGGAGCAAAGAAAAUCGUUUCGUGACCGCUUGGGUAAACGCCGUGAUCAACAUGGACGUCGAGGUUCAUCUACAACUAGUGGUUCGGAUUCGAAUUCGUAUGAGCCAAGAUGUAUAGAAGAUCUAGACGACGUGGGCGGACGUGAAACUGUGGAUAUCGCUCGAGAAAUGGCUAAAAAACUGCACGAAGACAAAGAUGAACUCUUAGCGCGUAUCAUUGAAGUGCUAGGCACAGAAUUACCGUUCGAAAUCUAUAAGGAAACUCAGCGUAUUGAGGCUGAAGGAGGCAUGACCAUUAAAAAUGGAAAACGCCGCCGAACACCUGGUGGGGUCUUCCUUUUUUUGCUCAAACAUCAUGACUCUAUAAGUGCUGAAGAUCAGAAAGCUAUAUUCUCAGAAGAUCGCCUUAAAAUACAGAAAAAAAACAAGGACUUAAAAAGCAUAAUACGAGAACGUAAGGUGGAAGAAUUGAAAAAACGUUUAAGUGAGCAAGGAACCGAAUUGACUUCGCUGAGUGUACGCCGAGAUCAUAUGAUAUUGGGAGAGGACAUAAAUCAAAAACCGCAAGAUGCAAAUUUAUCAAAUCCCCCACCUUCACCAGAAGCCGUGCAACAGAGUCCUGAUUACAAAUCAUUGGCUAUAAAUCAUGUAUCAUCGGAAGACGAUGUCACGGAUAAACCUUCGACAUCUCAACACGACCAUGUCAUUGGUACUGCUUCUAAAGAAUUACUUGAAUAUGAAAAUGAUAUUUUGGAUCUGAAUUGCGGAGAUAUGGAUUUAUUUUAAAGAUGAUGUGAAUCCAUGAAUUUCAGGCAAUUACAUACGCAAGUCAAGCCAACAACGAUAGGUUAUAGAUUGUUAUAAACGUUAACAGUAGAUUUACAUAAAAGCAGCAAAAGCAUUGUUAAUUUUUUUGUAAUAAAGACAUAGCUUCACAUGUUUUUUAUUAUAAAAAGACUUUUCUUGUAUGUGACAUGAACGUUAACAAUGGCACAAAUCUAAGGAUGAUACAAAUAAAAAAGCUUGAAGUAAACUUACAAGACCAGUUCGUAUGGUGCGUUCUAAACAUUAAUAACAACAAUUGCCCAAAAGAAAAUAUUUAACCUAAUAACGACGACGAGGCAACAAGUCAAUCAAGAAGCUAAGGAAAUUGUAAGUAGGUCGUCGCAUCAUAAAAUGAUGGCAUUCUCUGAGUGAUAGAUACGCGAUAUGGCGUCCAAUAUGGUACAGCAUAUUGGAGAACAUUAAUUGGCGUGGUUCUUCGGCGCACCAUUUCCGUCCGUGCUAGUGUCAGCGUCGCUUACAAUGUUCAUCAGUCCUCUUAGUAUCUCAUCUAUGAAUGAUGAGCGCCCCCUUUCUCAAACCCAAAGAAGUCCUCCACCUUUAAACGGAUACUUUCCAUUCUUUUCCUGUUACACUCGAGUUGUUUUUUAAUUGUCUCCGCGGCCCGCUUAAAACACCAAUUCAUCCGCCUACCUAGGCGCAACUGAGCGACUGAGCUGCCAUAACAAACUAAGUUUAACAGAAAGCUGAACAAAAGAAAAAUAA